UCUGCCUCCAUAGACGAAAAAGUCCGAAACAGUCGAAAUUAUACUUUUUAAAAGCAGUUAACCGCUGUCAUGUUUUGUACAGCCGUGGCAUUAAGACAGCUAGCGUCUCUGGCACGUUCUGAUCGCAGACGAGUGGUUGUCACAGGGCAGGGGUUAAUCACGUGCCUUGGAAUCGGUGCGGAACAUGUCUGGAAAAAAAUGUUGGAGGGACGCUCGGGCAUUUCGAGCAUUGAUGGGAAAGGUUUUGAAAACAUACCAUGCCAGGUGGCUGGCUCAGUACCAAGGGGAGACAAUCCAGGAGAGCUUAAUCUUGAGAGUCAUAUUCCACCGAGUGAGUUAAGGAACCUGCCACUGGCAGCAGCGUAUGGCCUGAUAGCUGCUGAGGAAGCUCUUUCAAUGGCAGGGUGGAAACCACAGGACAUCACAGACUUAGAAAGAACAGGAGUAGCUGUUGGUCAGGGAAUGGUUAGUUUAGAGGAAAUCACUGAUGCAGGGGUCGCGCUGCGAGAGAGAGGUCACAGACGAGUGAAUCCGUUCUUCAUACCCAAGAUUCUCAUCAACAUGCCGGCUGGACAUAUCAGCAUCAAGUACAAGUUUCAGGGCCCAAACCACUCUGUAUCAACAGCUUGCACUACAGGUGUACAUGCCAUUGGUGAUGCCUUCAGGUUCAUCCAGCGAGGUGAUGCAGACGUGAUGGUUGCAGGAGGCACCGAGGCAUGUAUUGGACCCCUGGCAGUGUCUGGCUUUGCCAGAAUGAGAGCUCUGAGCACAAACUUCAACAAGACCCCAGAGAAGGCUUCAAGACCCUUUGACAAGGACCGUGACGGUUUCGUCAUGUCUGAAGGGGCUGGGAUUGUUGUCCUGGAAGAGCUGGAACAUGCUAAAGCUCGAAGUGCACAGAUCUAUGCAGAAAUUCUCGGCUACGGACUCUCGGGGGAUGCCCAGCACAUCACGGCUCCCGAUGAAAACGGCAAUGGUGCCCGGCUCUGUAUGCAGGCCACAAUCAGAGAUGCUGGGAUUGACUGUAGUGAUGUUGGAUACAUCAAUGCUCAUGCGACUUCCACUCCUCUUGGUGACAGAGCUGAGAGUCGAGCCAUUGUCAAUGUUUUCGGUGAAUUUUCUAAGAGUUUGUAUGUGUCAUCAACUAAAGGGGCUGUGGGACAUUUGCUUGGUGCUGCUGGCAGUGUGGAGACGAUAUUCUGCAUCUUGGCUUGUCAACACGGACAGAUUCCACCGACGGUGAAUCUGGAUGACUCUGACACAGGCUGUGAUCUCAACUAUGUUCUUAAGAGAAGUGUUUCAUGGGACAGGAACUCUGAAAGAAGAAUAGCCAUUUCGAACUCUUUUGGGUUUGGAGGGACAAAUGCAAGUUUAUGUGUUGGUGAAUAUGUUGACUGAGACAAUUUAUUUGGCUUGUCAUAUUUGUUGAAAGAUGCCAGAAACUGAGGGGUGGGGCAUUUAUAUUAAUUUGAGGAUACGUGAUCUUCAGUUGGGGUGAGGCGAGGGGCUGCUCCCCACUUCAGAUGUCUAUAGAUGCUUGUUAAUACAUUUUGACUUCAUUGGUGUCUGUAUAAAUGUCUGUACAAGUCCUCUAUACAAAAUAAAAAUGUCAAUUUUUAAAAAGAA